AGAGAGAGCGCCUUUUCCGAGCGCAGGCUGUGCUUCCCCAGUCGGUUCUGUGCGUCCUGCAGCCGUGCGGCGCGACGGCGCGACUUUCCUCUGGUCCCGGGACGGCAGUGGGACAACUUGGAAAACUUCUCUGGGGCGGACUGCAGGGACGCCGGGCAGCGGUGGUAGAGGACAUAGGAGAGCGAUAGCUGGUCCUGAGUGUCCCCGGACCUUCUAGGCCACUUUCGGUCAGGCUAAGGUGCUCCUGAGCCGUCUGCACCGCCUGGGGGACGACCCCCAACAGUAGCGGAGCCAGGGUGGCGCAUCUCCUACGUAGCGUGAGUUUGGCCAGCAUCGUUCCCUCUGGACAUGUCCGGCCCCGCCAUGGACCACCAGGAGCCCUACUCGGUGCAGGCUACCGCCGCCAUCGCGUCGGCCAUCACCUUUCUCAUCCUUUUCACCAUUUUCGGCAAUGCGCUGGUCAUCCUGGCCGUGUUGACCAGCCGCUCACUCCGUGCACCACAAAACCUGUUCCUGGUGUCACUGGCAGCAGCCGACAUCCUGGUGGCUACUCUUAUCAUCCCUUUUUCUCUGGCCAACGAGCUGCUGGGUUACUGGUACUUCUGGCGUGCGUGGUGCGAGGUCUACCUGGCGCUAGACGUGCUUUUCUGUACCUCCUCCAUCGUGCACCUGUGUGCCAUCAGCCUGGACAGAUACUGGGCAGUGAGCCGAGCAUUGGAGUACAACUCCAAGCGCACUCCGCGCCGCAUCAAAUGCAUCAUCCUCACUGUGUGGCUCAUUGCAGCCGUCAUUUCUCUACCGCCCCUCAUCUACAAGGGCGACCAGCGCCCCGAGCCCCACGGGCUCCCCCAGUGUGAGCUCAACCAAGAGGCCUGGUACAUCUUGGCUUCCAGCAUCGGAUCUUUUUUUGCUCCCUGCCUCAUCAUGAUCCUCGUCUACCUGCGAAUCUACGUAAUUGCCAAACGCAGCCACUGCAGAGGACUCAGAGCCAAGAGGGGCUCUGGGGAAGGUGAGUCCAAGAAGCCCCGCCCGGCCGCCGGGGGAGCCCCAGCUUCAGCUAAGGUGCCCACCCUGGUCUCUCCUCUAUCUUCUGUUGGAGAGGCUAAUGGACACCCCAAGCCUCCAAGGGAGAAGGAGGAGGGGGAGACCCCUGAAGAUCCGGAGGCCAGGGCUUUGCCACCCAGUUGGUCUGCCCUUCCCAGAUCAGGCCAGGGCCAGCAGAAGGGGACUAGUGGGGCAGCUGCAGAGGAGGGAGCUGAAGAGGAUGGAGAGGAGGUGGAAGAAUGUGAGCCCCAAACAUUGCCAGCGUCUCCUGCCUCAGUAUGCAACCCACCCUUGCAGCAGCCUCAGACUUCCCGGGUGCUGGCCACGCUUCGUGGCCAGGUGCUUCUGAGCAAGAAUGUGGGUGUGGCCAGUGGCCAGUGGUGGCGCAGACGGACACAGCUGAGCCGGGAGAAAAGGUUCACCUUUGUGCUGGCCGUGGUCAUUGGCGUUUUUGUGGUCUGCUGGUUUCCUUUCUUCUUCAGCUACAGCCUUGGGGCCAUCUGCCCACAGCACUGCAAGGUGCCGCAUGGCCUCUUCCAGUUCUUCUUCUGGAUUGGCUACUGCAACAGCUCCUUGAAUCCUGUCAUCUACACCAUCUUCAACCAGGACUUCCGCCGUGCCUUUAGAAGGAUCCUUUGCCGGCAGUGGACCCAGACUGGCUGGUGAGCCUGCCUGCUCGGAGCCUGUGCCAGGGUUGGUACCAGGACCAACCGGUGGUAGUUCCCCACCUCCACAGUCUGUGUGGCCAUUUCCCUGGGGCCCACUUGCAGACCUCAUCCUCAGACUCCCCUGAAGGGGAAAGGACAAAUGUGCUGUUCCCAGGGGCCCAUUUGAAACCUUCCCUUGCUGACUGUACUGUGGGGUAGCUAUUCCCUAUUCUCUCCCCGGCAAGGACAUUCUCGAAUGUGGUCAAGGCCAGACUGGAUUAGAAUACCUCCCUCCCAGCCACCUGUAAGACAACAGGCAGGCUUCCCUUUCCUGAAGACCCCCUGUGCCUUGGCAGGCCACUCAUGGUGUUUUUCUUUCUUUCCUUCUUUCUUUCUUUCUUUCUUUCUUUCUUUCUUUCUUUCU